CCGAGUAUGCGUGGAGUGGAGGCGGCCGCGACCAUGAGUGGCCAGUUCGUCGAGUGCGACCACGUGCCUUCUGCCGAGUACAGCCUCGACGUCUUCGGCUGCAGGCUACGCAUCCACCCACGUGACACGCUGCCGUGCGGGUCGACGAUGCUGAACGCCUUCAAGGCUGAGAGCAACGGCAACACGUACGGCGUGGCUGGACCGAGCAGCUGCAUUUGGAGGCUACACGUGAGGUUCGCCCCGAACAGAGUAGACGACAGUCCGACAAUCACGACAGGAGUCGCCCGUCGUCUCCUGCAUCGCCGCACGUGUGGCUGUCGUCUGCUCGGCGGCACCUCGCCACAGCUGGAGCGGCACAACAGCCGCAAGCUCUGCAGGCGGCCUUACUGCCACAUCAGCUGUGCUUAUCCAAGCUGAGUAGCUGACCGUGCGUUCUCUCCUGACCACGUGACCGGCGACAUCAAAGUGCACUGCGUUCGCUGGCACGAUGGCUACAAUAGACGUAUGCGGGCGCACUGCUGGCUGCACUGCGUUCCCGGGAUGGCGACCUUGCGCAAGGCUUGGCGAGGACGGGCCCAGCAACCGCUGCGAGCUAGUCGCCGUGUCGCUGUCCCGCGACGAUAGUGCAACAAAACUGUGGCGCCCCUUGCCAGGAGUGGGUGCACUUUUUUUUCGUAACAUUUUACAUUUUUUUCAGUGCAUUUGUGCGAAAGUAGUAUUGUCAUAUGUAUUUAAAAUACAGCUAUUUGCGAUCGAAAUAUGUUGCUAUGUUGAUUCCUUGAGCAUGGCAUUUGUGGGCGAUAGUAAUAGGCGAA